AUGCAGGUUAAGCCUUGUUUUAUCUCAUUAAUCGACUCCAACGAUCACCCUUUAUUGAUCCACGUUGUUCAAAAUGCAAAUAGUGAAAUUGAUAGUGUCUUGAAGUUCAAUACCUUUUCGAACAUGGCUCUGGACUACUUUGAAAGCGAUCUGUAUGAAUGGAUGAGCACAAGCCAGCAAGACCGAGAAAUAAAAGACUUGUUUCAACUAGAAGGUGUAACCGUGUAUGGAAAACUAAUAAAACAAACAAGCCUGAAAAUUAUUAUUGGGUUUUUCAGCAAUUUGGAUUGUGACGAUGAGGCUCUAUCACAAGUAUUUGGUGAUGUUUCGAGUUUAUACGUUAAGUGCAAAUUCAAUCCCUUUGUAAUCAAUGAUGAAGAGCUCAUAGCACAAUUACAAAUAAAAUUCAGCGAUAAAUUUUAA